AUGGUGUUGUCAGAUGGUCCAUGGAAACUGGCAGUGACAGGGUCGAUCGUAGUCGAUUCCUUGUUCUUGUUCUUGUUUUUGUUUUUAUGCUUGCCAAUCUCUCUAUCUCUGAUCGUCCACCUAGGUAUCACGCUGUUGGAGUCUUGGAGAGAAGGGUCUUCCCGCGUGGGUUAUUUGAGUGAGUUACCACGUCACACCCGGAAGCGGUCCAUGGCGGACAACCGACAUCACGAAGGCGGCGCGGCGCGUGCGGUGACACUUCGUCUUCGUGGUACAAUUCCAUGGGUGAUCUCUCUCUCGGUCUCUCCCCCCUCCGUCCCCCUCCUCUGUCAAGUCACACAAGCUAAGGGGGAAGAGGUUGAGAGAGUCAGAGACCGACAGCUCGAACAUCCCCCCUCCUCUCCCUCUCCAGUCUCAACCAGCAGCCCCCCUGUUCGCUGUUCGCUGUGGCGCCCGAGGGGCGUGACUUGGACUUGGACUAGGGCGGUGCCUUCGUGCUUGGACGGUGCCGCUGUCAGAUGUCAAUGA